UUUCUUUCCAGAUGCAUUGUGGAUAAUCGAGUGACUCGGGUAGCUUGGCUCAACCGCAGCAGUAUUCUUUAUGCUGGCAAUGACAAGUGGUGUUUGGACCCCCGAGUGGAGCUAAUUGCGAACACCAAAACCCAUUAUGCCAUCCGGAUAAAUGAUGUGGAUGUGUACGACGAGGGACCCUAUACUUGCUCCGUACAGACAGAUAAUCACCCCAAAACAUCCCGGGUCCAUCUCAUUGUGCAAGUACCUCCCAAGAUUAUUGAGAUCUCUUCAGACAUCUCAAUCAAUGAAGGUGGCAACAUAAGCCUCACCUGCAUAGCUACAGGCAGGCCAGAUCCGACAAUCACCUGGAGGCACAUCUCACCUAAAGCUUCAGGAUUCAUGAGUGAAGAUGAAUACUUGGAGAUCACCAGCAUCACCCGGGAACAGUCAGGGGAGUACGAGUGCAGUGCGUCCAACGAUGUUGCAACUCCUGUUGUGCGGAGAGUAAAAGUCACCGUAAACUACCCACCAUAUAUCUCAGACACUAAGAAUACUGGUGUGCCAGUGGGUCAGAAGGGUAUCCUUCAAUGUGAAGCCUCUGCAGUUCCAUCAGCAGAAUUCCAGUGGUAUAAAGAUGACAAACGGCUCCUUGAAGGACAGAAAGGACUGAAAGUGGAAAAUAAGGCCUUCUUCUCCCGUCUUACUUUCUUCAAUGUCUCUGAGCAAGACUAUGGAAAUUAUACUUGUGUUGCCUACAACCAAUUAGGAAACACUAAUGCUAGCAUUAUUCUCUAUGAAGAGACCACAGCAGUUCAGCCACCCUGGAAAGGCCCUGGAGCAGUGCACGAUGGGAACAGUGGUGGGUCAAGAAGAGCUGGCUGUGUUUGGCUGCCUCCCUUGCUUCUUUUACACCUCCUGCUCAAGUUUUGACCCUUUCAACGAUGGUGAUGCUAAGAGGAAGGGAGGAAAAAAAGAAAGAAUAUUUUAAAAAUCAGAAAGUUAAUCCUAAUAGUAAAGAAUAUAUUAUCACAAAAUCUUGGAGAGAAAGAAAACGAGUCUGAAAAACAAGAAGAAUCCAAAUUGAUCUACUGAAGUUACAACACAACUGAGUGUUCUGUUUUCUUUCUAUUUUUAUUCCUUUUUUUUUUUCCUGUCAUGAACAAGUAUGCAGCUGUUGGUGACCAAUCAGUGCAUUUGGCUGAGUAAUCAUCCUGUCCCUUUUGACUCAGUCAUUUUGUUGCUUUUCUUUAUAGAUCCCAAACCUCCUCUACGGAGGAUGACAAGGCCAGCUGUCUGGCACCUCACCUAUCAUGGCUUUCUCCCACCCAUUCCCACCCGUCGUGGACUCUGCUCUCCUCUGUAUGAUUGCAAAUUCUAACUACAAAACAACCAACAAGAACCACUCUUACAAAAAGAUCAUGCACAGCUGCAAGAAAACCACCACCAUCCCACCCGAUUAAGACAUUAAUUCACUGUACUACAUGGAUAUUACGGGAUUCUGAUUCAUUAUUAAUUUUAUUAAUUAUAUUUUCUGAUAUGAGCCUAGAACUGUUAGUUCAUUAAAAAAAAAAGAAGUACAAAAAAAGACCCAACCAAAAAAAAAAAAAAAGAAAAGAAUAAAAUAGUAAAAUAAGUUGAAUCCUGGGCUUCUAAACUAGGUUUACAGGCUGUGGAGCAUCAACGUCUCUGAUUGUUUCCGUGAUCAGUUGGGAUAAGAAUUGACACUUUUGUAGGGGAAAAAAGUGACAUAGAAGCAAUGGCUCCACCAGCAUUACUGAGUUUUCAUUCCUUAUUCUGGUGUUCAAAUGAAGAAGGUUUUCCACUGUUUUCAUAAUGUUUGGAAGUACAAAGGUUGAUGCUCACUGUAUGUUGAGUUUGAUUGAUAUGCUUAUUC